GGCAUCAUUUUACAAGUCGGGCUCUUGUUGUGUGUCGAGUUGAGUAAACGGCGCCAUUUCCGUUCCAUUGGCAUAUUGCACUGGAUUUUUUUUGUUUUUUUUCCGGCAUCAUCAAAAUUAAACAAUAUGUUGUAUGAGUAGGCCUACAGGUGUUAAUUGUUUAACGAUCGCCAGAGAUGGAAUUGGGUGUCCACAGCAGACUGAAAUAACAAUAAGUAAGUCAAUGGAUUGCACUUCUGGAGCACUUUGUCUGCACGCUCACAGUGCACUUCACAAAGCCUCACAUUCACCCACCAAUGGGCGACUGGUGCCAGGCCCGCUGGGGGCGCAUCAGGGUUCAGUGGCUUGCCCAAGCACUCUUUGACAUCCAGACAGACAACCCCACAAGGAAUCUGUCUCCGGUAGUUGGGGCCGCUCGAGUACGACAACAGUCAGUCAAUUGACAGAGAACACUUUGGAGACAGAAAGACAUUGACCAAAACUGAGCAGUAAAGGGUUAAUAGUUAUCUGGUAAUGCCGGUACAUGUAUUUCUUUUUUUGACAAUUGUGCAAAAAGAUGCAGAGUCCUCUCGCACUCAGAGCACUUCGAAUGAGCCAUAGUGCAAUAGUGCGGUGCAAUGAGCAUUGUGCGACUAGCGCGAUCAUCCGGGACCAUGUCGAUUGUGCAAAUGGUGCAGAUACUCCUCAGUCAGUGUGCAAGUGGGGCAGAUGCUCCUCCGGCAUGAGUGGCCAGUAUUGGUCAACAACAAUCGGCGUUUUCAUGAAUUAUGUGAAUGAGCCGUAAAAUUGGAUCCGUCUCAUCCAUCGGCAAAAGCUGGCAGGAAGAAGCUGUCCUGUUUUUCAGACAUGUCUUUCUGGUAAAAUAUCAAUGAAUUGCUCAAAUAUAUUUGAUUUGGGCGGCACGCUGGACGACUGGUCGGAGCGUCUGCCUCACAGUUCUGAGGACUGGGGUUCGAAUCCCCGCCCCCGCCUGUGUGGAGUUUGCAUGUUCUCUCCGGGCACUGCAUGGUAUGCAUGGUAGGCUCAUUGACAACUCUCAAUUGCCCGUAGGUGCGAAUGGUUGUUUGUUUGUAUGUGCCCUGCGAUUGGCUGGCGAGCGGUUCAGGGCGUACCCCGCCUCCCGCCCGAUGAUAGCUGGGAUGGGCUCCGGCACGCCCGCGACCCGCGUGAGGAGAAGCGGCUCAUUUGUUUUCUUUCCAAACGAAUAGAAUCUUGGAGAUUUUGUCCGGCCUUCUCUGUGCUGCUUUUGAGCAAGUUUUAAAGGUGGCACGUUUGUAUUUGGCGCCCUCUUAUGGGCGAAAAGACUGUGGCAACUUUUUUUGUUUUCUUCUUCUUCUUCUUCCCCAACACGUGAUUGAAAAAGACGCACCGGAAUAUGUCUCGGUUGCCCUCGAAGCCGUAUUUUCUUCCGAGCCUCGUAUAUGAGCACAUCCACAUCAUCUGACUUUUUUUUUCCUCAAACUCUUGAGUCAAAAAAGUUUCUCGCGUGCGUGCGAGUGAGAGAGCAACUUUGCUGUGUGUGCGCGUGUGCGUGUGAGUGGGGGAGGCCUCUGCUUCGUCCCCCCGCCCACGAGCGCAGGGAGGCGGGAGAGGGCGAGCCAGAGCGAAGUGUGUGUGUGCGCGAGUGGGGGAAAUAGUUGAGCUUUUCGGCCUGGUUUUCUCGCGAAAGUCGGCGGUCAUGAUCGCGUCCAAACUUGCCGUCACUGGUCCUUCAAAGCGGAUCCUCUCGCCGCCGAAGUGGACGGGCUCGUCUUCACCCCAACUCAUCAUGGCCGCUGAACGCUGAGGCGAGAAGUUUCGGCGUUUCCCGGACAAUGGAGCGCUCCGGCGGAGGGAGCCAGCUGGCGAGGCUGUGCUGCUUUCUGGCCUGCCUCGCCUCCGCCUCGGCCCAGCUCAGCUACUCCGUGUUGGAGGAGCUGAGCCCGGGCUCCAUCGUGGGGAACAUCGCCAAAGAUCUGGGCCUGAGCCCCCAGAGCAUCGUUGAGAGGGGGCUGCGCGUCGUGUCCGAAACGGGCACGCAGUAUUUCGAGGUGAGGCAAGCCAGCGGAGAUUUGGUGAUCAAGCAGCAAAUGGACCGGGAGCAGAUGUGCGAGUUGAGCCCGUCCUGCUCGCUCCACCUUCAGAUACUUCUGUCGGACCCUCUGGAGAUCCAGCGCGUCGCGGUGGACGUCGUGGACGUCAACGACAACGCUCCGCACUUUUCCACCAGCAGCGUGUCUUUGGAGGUGUCCGAGGCCGCUGCGCAGGGCACGCGCUUCCGCUUGGAGAGCGCGCACGACCCCGACGUGGGGAGCAACUCUUUACGCACCUACCAGCUGGAACAAAACGACUUUUUUACACUCAACGUGGAGACCAAAAGCGACGGCAGCAAGUUUCCCGAGCUCGUGGUGGACAAAGCUGUGGACAGGGAGGCGCGGGCGUCCUUCGAGCUGCUGCUGACCGCCGUGGAUGGCGGGCAGCCGCAGAAAUCGGGCUCCACGCUGCUUCUCAUUCAAGUUCUGGACGUCAAUGACAACGCGCCCGUCUUCCACGAGUCCGUCAGCAAAGUCAGCCUGCUCGAGAACGUCGCGCCGGGCACGUUAGUGACCAAAUUGAACGCCACGGACGCGGAUUCGGGCCGCAACGGCCAGAUCUCGUUCAUGUUCAGUAAAUACACGCCCGAGCGCGUCGUGAAGCUUUUCGACGUGGAUCCGAAGAGCGGAGAGAUUCGCGUCCAGGGCGAGGUGGAUUACGAGAAAGCCGCGUCCUACCACAUCACGGUGCAGGCCCGAGACGGGGGCUCCCCCGCCAUGGAGGGCUCCUGCAACGUCAUUAUCGACGUCACGGACGUCAACGACAACGCGCCAGAGGUCACGCUGACGUCACUCACCAGCCCCAUCAGAGAAGACUCCGCCCCGGGAACGGUGAUAGCCCUCAUCAGCGCUCGGGAUCUGGACUCCGGCAAGAACGGGGAGGUCACCUUGAGCCUCCCGCGCGGUCUGCCCUUCAAGCUCAACUCGGCCUUCGACACGCACUACAGCCUCACCACGGCCGGCGCCCUCGACCGCGAGAGCCAGUCCGAGUACAAGGUGGUCAUCGGGGCCACCGACGGCGGCGAGCCGCCGCUGUCGUCGCAGGCCGCCUUCGUGGUGACGCUGUCCGACGUCAACGACAACGCCCCCGCCUUCUCCCAAAGCUCCUACUCCGUGGACGUCCCGGAGAAUAACGCCGCCGGCGCCCCCAUCGCCGCCGUCUCGGCCACGGACCCGGACCUGGGCGACAACGCCCGCGUCGCCUACUCCAUCCUGCCCGGCCUGGUCCAGGGCUCGCCGCUCUCCUCCUACGUCUACGUGAACUCGGAGAGCGGCCGCAUCUUCAGCAUGCGCUCCUUGGAUCACGAGCAGCUGAAGGCCUUCCGGAUCGAGGUCCGGGCCCGCGACGCCGGGGAGCCCCCCAGGACCGCCGACGUCACCGUGCACGUGUUCGUGGUGGACGCGAACGACAACGCGCCCGUGAUCGUGCACCCCGCCGCCGCAGACGACGACGGCGGCCUGCGGCUCAGCGUGCCGCCGUCCGCCGGCCCGGGCUACCUCGUCAACAAACUGGUGGGGCUGGACGCCGACAGCGGGCACAACGCCUGGCUCUUUUACUCCGUCGCCCCCGGGCCGCAUGCGAGCAUGUUCCGAAUCGGGGCGCGCUCCGGCGACCUGCGCACGGCCCGCAAGUGGGCCGAGGAGGAACAAGGCUCCGCUUACGACAUCGCGGUCAUCGUCCAAGACAACGGCGAGCCGCCCAGGUCCACGCGGGUGAACAUUACGGUCACGGUGGACCAGAAGGCCGCGGCCGACGAUGCGCCGGCGAGGCCUCACCGCACGCCCUUCUCCCCGCGCGACGGGAUGUCGGACAUCACCUUGUACCUCAUCAUCUCUCUGGCCUGCGUGUCGGGCGUGUCGUUGGUCACGCUGGCCGUCGUCACGGCGCGCUGCCUGAGGCGCCGCGGCCACGGCGCGGGCGACCCCUGCUGCUGCUGCUGCUGCUACGGUAGCCGGCGGUCCGGCCGCUACCGGCAGAGGCCCGGCAAGGACCCGCACCUGCAGCUCAACACGGACGGGCCCAUCCGCUACAUGGAGGUGGUGGGCGGCGCCCGGGACCCGCACACGCGCACUUACAGACCCUGCUACUCCACCGUCUCCAGCAGGAGCGACUUCGUGUUCAUGAAGACGCCCACGCUGAGUCCCAGCAACACGCUCGACACCACCCUCGGCAGGAAGCGCCUCGGCGGCUCGCCCGGUGAGCAAAAGCCCCCCAACAAUGACUGGCGUUUUAACCAGGGACCGAGACCAGGACCCAGCGGUCCCCACAUGCCAUACGGUACACACAUUCGAUGGACGCCGAAGAGCGGGACAAGGGCUGUCGGCGGACCCGAGGUCGCCAUGGGAACGGGCCCUUGGCCCCAACCCCCGACUGAAGCUGAGCAGCUCCAGGCCCUGAUGGCCGCAGCUAACGUGAGCGACGCGAGCGGCACCCUGGGACCCGGCACGAUGGGCCUGAGCACCCGCUACAGCCCCCAUUUCACCCUGCAGCACGUGCCCGACUACCGGCAGAACGUCUACAUCCCCGGCAGCACGGCCACGCUCACCUCCAACCCCCAGCAGCAGCAGCUGCAGCUGCAGCAGCAGCAGCAGCAGCAGCAGCAGCAGCAGCAGGCCGUGGCCCAGCAGGCGGGCCAGCAGGCGCUGCCCCCGCCCCAGCCGGGCCAGCCCGAGCCCCCGAAAGCCGCCCAGACCCCCGCCUCCAAGAAGAAGUCCACCAAGAAGGAGAAGAAGUAGAAAAGGAGGCGCAGGAAUGCUCAAUCCGGUCUGACGAGAAGUGUAACCCCCCCCCCCCCCCCCCCCCCCCCACACACACCCCACACCCCACCACCAGCUAUCGCACGAGCGGCGGUCCGAGCGGCUCCUUCGGAAGCGUCUCGAAGGCGCCCGAAUGCUUCCGCUUGUAAUCGGUCGAUGUUUGGUGCUCGGGUGUGGGUUCGGGUUAUUGUGAUUUUCUUUUUGCUUGAUUUUGGCUAAGACAAGAAAGCUCCCAAGGUUGAUGUAUCCACAGAAAUGUUGUCGUCUUUCAUGUCGGAGUUGUUGUGCGCGGGAAGUCAGCCGUUGCGAGUGCGCUCGCCGCCAUCAUAUUUCUACGUAGGCUCGGCCCCCUUUUUUGGCGCGGGAUCUUUUACCGCUAUUACAAACUUCGUCUGCAUGCUCUUUAAAGGUUCAAACCACAUCGUACUAGUUUAGCGUCGCAAACUAUGCAUUGCAAAAAGCAAAAGAGGAGGACGUCCCCCCCGCCAAAAUCGCAAUGCACAUGUAGCAUUUGCCCGACGGAAAAGAACUUUUGUAAACCACAGUUUGAAUAUGUAUGCCGGUAAUCUCCUGUUCCUGUUAUGACCCGAGCAUGCACCCGCAGUGAGAGGCCACAGGGGGUGUCCAGCUGGCCCCCAAGCCCCGCCCCCCCAUCACUUCCCCCACAUUAAGAGCCAACCUGAAGUAUUGCACUGAUGUCGGGUGUAAAUCACAUUCGGGUGUCGUAUUUGCCGUUAUUGAGUUUUCUUGCAAUAGCGUCGAGCGAUUGCAUGCGUAAGAUAUGACGUCCGGCGGUGGUGGGCGGAGCCUAAAACAUUGUUCCGUCGGCCCGACCGCCCCUCGGCUCCGCUCGCUGAAUGUACAGAGGAACCGCUGAGCUCAAAUGGGCUGACCCCGGGCCGGGGUCAGCGAGGCGAACCCGCUCGCCUCGCUCGUCCGUCGCCGCCCGUCCUCCGUCGUGACCCCGCCGCCCGCUCUUUGUAAAUAAACAAAUCAAGUCCCGUCGACGGUGUGAGCCAGGUGUUUGUGUUGUCGGGACCGCCGCCGUCCCAAAUCCAACGUCCUUCUCCACAAGGCGUGGCUCACUACUGGAAUGUGUUGCAGUUUGUUUUUCAAGAAAAUGAAGAAAAAAACCCACCAGAUUUAUUCAACAAAAAUGAAAAUAUGACAUGAUCUUCAACAGUUUGCGUUGCAAUGUAGUAACUAAGCGCCAUGCCAACUAACUCUACAGUGUACAUACAACAAAUGAAAGAUAACUUUAGAUAAGGUGACACACGUAGACUAGUUAACUUGUGAUGUGUUGCGCAUAUUUUUGUCUUCAUUUUCUCUUCUAUCUUUUAUCACGCUGUAAAGAAAUGACAAAAAAAAAAAAAGAAACAAAUCUGAAAAUGUUUCUAUCCUUGUGUAACCUCUCAAUGUUCUUUUUGCGGUGAUUUGAUCUUGUGCAUUCUCUUUCUGUCCAUAUGAACAAAUGACGAUAAAUAUUAUAUACGUGUCCGUCCGUCCGCUGCUGAAUUAAUACUACUCUUUCCUGCUGUAUUAUCUUUCUUAUCAAAUGCUUAGCCCCCCCUGCUUUAUCCCUGUGUUACAUUUAUUUUUCUGCUAAUAUUUAUAUUGCUGUUUUAUUUUCUCUUGAACACUGACAUUUCAAAUAAAAAGAUUCUGAAACCGGUCA